CUUGUUUGGAUGGGCGGCUCCAGCCAGCUGCUGGGUUCUCCCCUCCGCCGGACGGGUUUUGCAACCUUUUUUCUCAUCGCAGGGCGCUACUUUACAGAGGACCGUCCUGGUGUGUGAAGGACUACCCAGUCCAAUUCUGGCUGAAAGGGUCCAUGGCGUCUGCCGUACCGCCCAAUUUCUCCUGGGUAGCGGCAGGCCGGCUGGCGGGAUUGGCCAUGCCUCGCCUGCCUGCGCACUACCAGUACAUGUACGAGCACGGCAUCCGGCACCUCGUCUCUCUCACCGAGCGCAACCCGCCCUACCACGACACCUGCCCCGGCAUUCAGAUUCACCGCCUGCGCAUCGUGGACUUCUGCCCGCCUUCUCCCGACCAGAUCCAGAACUUCUUGCAAAUUGUGGAUGACGCUAAUGCCAAGGGGGAGGCGGUGGCGGUACAUUGUUUGUUGGGAUUCGGCCGCACGGGCACCAUGUUGGCGUGUUACCUGGCGAAGACCCAGAAGAUCACAGGUGUUGACGCCAUCCAAGAAAUCCGGAAGCUGCGGCCCGGAUCCAUCGAGACGCACGACCAGGAGAAGGCCGUCGUGCAGUUCCACCAACGCACCAAAUAGCCAGAGGAAGGGAUGGGAAGGGAAGCAGGCCUCCUUGACCGUUGGGCCAAUCUAGAAACCGGAAAGAGGACAAUCAUAUGAACGUCCACCUCUCUAGAGAAGACUUCUCCAGCUGCCAAACAUGGAGAAGUGUUUUAGC